AUGGCCCACCCGACCCCCAAACCACCUCCCGCCCCCUUUCGCAGUAACUUCCUCGCCGAAAAGCGCAUCAUAACCAUCUGCUUCUUCAUCGCCCUCGGACAAUUCCAAUACGGCUACGACUCCGCCGCCAUCGCCGGCUUCCAAUCCAUGCCCGCCUUCCUCCGCGUCUACGGCUACGAAGACCCCACCAACCCCAUCGGCCUCAACAUCUCCACCGACGUCCAGCGCCUGAUCCAAUCCCUCAUGAACGUCGGCGGCUUCCUCUCCGCCAUCGUCAUGUACGCCUCCCACACAAAACUCUCCCGCCGCAUCGGUCUCUGGCUCGGUUGCGGUUUCGCUUUCUUGAGCGUAAGCCUCAUGAUCGGGACAACCUCCCUAGGUGGCUUAUACGCAGGCCGAUUACUGCUUGGAGUAAGCAACGGGUUUUUCGUCCCCUACAGCGUGACGUACAUGACGGAAUCUGCGCCAGCCUUGCUGAGAGGGCCGAUUGUGGGGAUGAGCACCUUUCAAACCUCCCUCGGGGCGCUGUUUGGGAUUUUGGUGGAUAAUUACUGCAAGAUAUACCCUGGGAACGCACCUUGGCAGGUUCCCCUGGGGGUGAUGUACAUUGUUCCGACAAUCUUGACGAUUUUGUUGGCUUUCUUGCCGGAUACACCCCGUUUCUACGUCACCCAAGGGCAGGACGAGAAGGCGAUCAACGCGGUGAGACGGUUGAGGGGUAUCAAAGACGAGGCGUAUCUCCGGGCAGAGGUGGAGGAUAUCAAGAGUGCGUUUUUGCUGGAGCAGGAACUGCAUUCGGGUGUUCAUCUUAAUGAUAUGUUUCGGGGUCCGGAUUUGAGAAGGACAUUGCUCUGCUUCGCAACGACGAUUGGGGGGACGGCGACGGGGGUGACGUUUAUGGCUGGGUUUUCGGUGUAUUUGUUUGUGCAGGCGAGGGUUGGAUCGCCGUUUGAGUGGGUGAUGAUUUCGCUUGCGAUUGCGCUGACGGGAAAUAUGGCGGCGUUUCCGGCGAUGAGGUAUUUUGGCAGAAGAGAGCUGCUGAUCGGGACGUCGGUGAUCUCGGCGGGGAUGAUGUACGGGAUGGCGAUUGCAUAUACUGUUUCGGCGUGGACAGAUCCUGCGGCGAGCAGAGCGUUGGUCGCAAUGAGUAUCGUGUUUACUUGGAUCUAUGGCAUUGGUCAGGGGCCGGUUAUGUGGGCGUUGUCGACGGAGAUCCCCUCGCAGAGGUUGAGAUCGCAGACUGUCGGGACGGCUUCGGGUCUCAACUUUAUCGUUGGAUGGGUCGUGUCGUUCUGUACACCCUACUUCAUCAACCCAGAUAAACUGGGAUGGGGGCCGAAGUAUGGGUAUAUCUGGGGGUCAAGCAAUCUGGUCCUUGCUCUCUGGGCAUUUUUCUAUGUGCCUGAGACAAAGGGGAGGAGCUUGGAGCAGUUGGAAGAGCUGUUUGAGAAGGGGGUGAGCGCGAGAAAGUUCUCGUCCUAUGUUGUGGAACGCCAGCUCGUCGAGGAUUCUGUUGGCGGGGUACCUGCAGAGAAAGAAAAGGCUACCACGGUGCAGGUAGAUGAUGUUGAGAAGAGAUGA